AUGUUUUCGCUGCCCACGAACGGCUCGACAAACGAGAGUUACGAUGGGGCGCCCUUGUUCCAGAUGCAGGACGAUGCGGGAGAACUAGCAGAGCUAAUUGGUGCACUAUAUGAUCUUAAGUUGCCACCCAUGCGUCUUCUCGACCCGCAAAACCCAGAGCGAGCAAGCGCAGCCUUGAAACUUGCCAAGAAAUACGAAGUCGGCUCCAUCUGUGCACGAAUCAAAUGCACCAAGCUCCGCGCGAUGUUUGUCAUCGCUGUCCCAAUCAACGUCGACAUCGGUCCCUUUAUUCCCGAACCAGCAUCCGCCAUACGCUUCGCCCGGGAGUUCAACGUCCCGUCUAUCUUGCCGGCGGCGUUCUACACCCUGGCCCUGACUGACGUGCAGCGGAACUGGGACAGCGCCGAUUACCGACCAUUCCACGCCGCACGUUGA